AUGAACAAAAAAGUACUACCCAGAGCUAUAUCUAUAGAUUGUGAAAUGGUAGGUUGUGGUGAAAAUGGACAUAUAUCUGUACUUGGAAGGAUUGCUGUUGUAGAUGAUAAGCUCAAGUUACUUAUGGAUGCUUUUGUGAAGCCAAGUAUGAGAGUUACUAAUUUUAGAACUAAAUGGAGUGGCCUUACUUGGGAUCAACUUAAGUUUGGAGAAUCGUUUGAAUCAAUUCAAAAAAAAUUCCUUCAAAUUGUGGAACAUUAUAGAAAAGAAAGCAGCUCAGGGUUGGUGUUUGUUGGCCAUGAUAUAUCUAAUGAUUUCCAAGUACUCAAAUGGACCCCUCCAGAAUCCGAAAUAAGAGAUACUUCUACUUAUUUUCCUCUUAGAAAAUUAUUAAUCAAAUCUCUUUUAGAAAAAGGAGAAAUCACUCGUUUUCAAAAGGAAUGUUUUCUUAGACAAAAACCUUCUCUUAGAUCCCUAUCAAAACAUGUCUUGAAUGUAAAUAUCCAACAAGGAUCACAUUGCCCUUGGGAGGAUGCCAAGUCCACUAUGAUGCUUUAUCUAAUGGUCAGAGAAAGGUGGGAAACACUCAUAUUUAAUAAAAAUAUGAUUGUCAAUCCUCCCACAACUGGUGCUCUUAAUAAUGAACAAAUUGAGGAUUUGGGAGAAGUUGUUAUACCUAAUAGGACAAAAAAGAAUAAAAAGAAAAAAGGAAGGAAGGGAGAAAGGCAGGUAAUUAUUAACAAUAAAUGA